CCUGCCCGAGGAUCGAACUCGGGUCUGCUCGCUUGCAAGGCCAGGGUGCAGACCUAUUACACCACAUCACUAUACACUGCCAUACACAACACUACACACAAACAUACAGUAUACCGACGUAAACAUCACUAAAUACACAACUUCCAUAUACACACUACACACACUCAUACACUAUGGCGUGUCAUAAAGCUACCUCAAAACAUAAACACGAAGGCCACUUGAGAUGUCUUGUAAACACCAAAACCAAACACCUUUAAUGUGUGUGUGUGUGUGUGUGUGUGUACCAUAGAGAGAAAUUCAGAAGAAAGUCCACCAGCCAACGAUACAGACGAGAUUCAUUAUAUGUGACUGCACUGCGCAUGCGUGAGGAGAGUUACGGACCCAACUAGCGGGUCGUAGUGCGCCUGUGUGGGCUGGAGAACCCUGCAACCUGACUCAGACUGAUCUAGAGCGUCACCUAGCACUGACCUUACUUUGAACCAGCUGUGUUGUUGUGUCACCGAGUGUAUUUUACCUACCCAGGUCUUAGUAACCAAGGGACUAUAAAAUAACUGGUGUAUUCUUAGAGCUUUUGGACGAUUUGCUCGAAGAAGUGGCCGUGUGGUUAGCCCACUGGUACCACAACUGUACCUGCUGUAUCCACAACAUGAUUACCACAAUGUUGGUAGUUGCGGUUACAGUGGCUAGUGUGGUCAUGUAUGGUAUAGCUGAACUACUACCACAUUCCUUCACUGGCCACGAUGACUACCCCUGGCUACCACCCUACCUCUCACAACCGUCCUAUCCAGCCCAACCACCAUACCCACCACAACCCUCCUACCCCUCACAACCCUCCUACCCCUCACAUCCAUCCUACCCCUCACAUCCAUCCUACCCCUCACAUCCAUCCUACCCCUCACAUCCAUCCUACCCCUCACAAACAACCUACCCCUUACAACCAUCCUACCCCUCACAACCAUACUACCCCUCACAACCAUCCUACCCCUCACAAACAACCUACCCCUCACAACCAUCCUACCCCUCACAACCAUCCUACCCCUCACAAGCAACCUACCCCUCACAACCAUCCUACCCCUCACAAGCAUCCUACCCCUCACAACCAUUCUAUCCUUCACAACCUUCUUAUCCUUGGGAGCCAUACUACGACUGGCAAACAUACGAUUACUAUCCUUGGCAACCAUAUUAUCCUUGGCAACCAACCUACCCUAGCCAGCCGCCCUCUCCACCCCCGCAGACCAAUACGCCGCCUCAGGGCCCACCAGUAUGGCCCACAGGCAGAGCGGCUAUCACCAGAUCCCCGUCUAUAGCCGAGUGGCCUACUGGCAGGGCUACCAAAUCACCUUCUGUCCAAGUCUGGCCCACUGAGAAGAGAACCAGCACGUCCCCACUGACUACCACUACAACUACUACCACUACUACCAGACCUGUGUGGCCCACUGAGAAGAGGACCAAAAGACCUCUCUGGCCCACAGGACCAUCGCACACCGUCACAACUCCACCGGUCCCAGUAUGGCCCACUGGACCAUCGCGGACUGUCACACAUCCACCAACCCACCCCUGGCCAACUGAUGCUUCCCAGAUUGCUCCAAGCACUCCUCCUACCCCAAGGUGGCCCACUACAUACAGCCCUGAGUGGCCAACCAGUAGAUCACAGCCAACGACCCUUGCUCCUUUAUGGCCAACCAAUAAAUCACAGCUAACGACCCCUGUUGGACCUGUAUGGCCAACCUACAAACCACCCAGCAUCGUCACCACCACGCCCACAAGGCCCACCGCCACCACCAGUGAUCCAAACAAAAGGUGCAAGAAACUCUGUCUGGAUGAGACUGGUAAACGUCGGUGUUGUGAUAGAGAGGUGGGCGAGUGUCCAGACCGACCCAUCACGUGUAGCGCCUCGAAUUACUCUCCCCAGCCACGUUGCUUCAUUGACAGUCAGUGUGGAGCCCAAGAGAGGUGUUGUUUAGAUCCCUGUACUGAGAAGUUCAUCUGUGUCCGACUGUAACCAAGUCCAGACACUCCUCACCAAGUUCAAGGUCUACUACAAGUAGUCUAAAAACCCCUUACCAAGUCCAGGGUCUACUACAACAAGUCCAGAAACCCCUUACCAAGUCCAAGGUCUGCUACACCAAGUCCAGACCAAUCUGUAAACAUCAUAUACCUGUAACGUGUUGCUAUUAUUAUUAUUUUCAAUAUUAUUGAUUUUAUUAUUACUUAUUAUCACUAUUAUUAACACUACCAUCUUCCUUAUUUUGCAUUGCUUUAUAAGACCUAACUUUUAAUUAUUUCAGUUGAUUACUGUUAUAAUUACCAAUAAAAACACAAAGAAUGAUUUUAACAUGAGUUUAAUAAAAUAUUAUGUUGAGAUCCCGUGGAGUCGUCUCACUGAUUCAACAUUGUUAGACUGUACAAGUGUGGAAAGAAAACAAGAGUUGAAUCCAUCAGGUGAAAACUAACAGAUAAACAGAAGGUGAAACACAUACACAGGCCGAUGUGGCGAGGGAGACUAGGACACAGGCUAGGAUAGAUAGCAAUUAAUAAAUAAAUAUAAAUCAGAUGUGCUGACAGGUGUGUCGCUACCUGUGUAUGAUGAUUAUUGUUCGUAUUAAGUAUUAUUAGUAUACAGUAUCAUUAUUAUUAACAUUACUAUUAUAUUGCUGCUGUACUGUAUUAACAUUAUGAUCCACUAAAGAGUUCACCAUUACAUUCAAUAAACCUCCUAACAACCUCCAUUAUCAGCCUAAUACUCCCGUUAACACCACCACAAGCUGUAAAUCUUAACUAUAUAAGGACAAUAAACAUCGAUAAAGGAAA